UUCUUAUUGGAAAAUUUACACACACUUCGUUUCGGCUGCAAUUGGAUUAAGUGACGGUUUUUUUUUCGGACUUUCUGCUGCAAUUAUCACAGGCAAAUAAGUGUAUUUUGUUGCAAACAAUUGGGUUAGACAAUAAAAUACAAACACGAAAAAAAUACCGACCACUGUAAGCAAGGCAGCAAAGCAUUUGUGGGAGUGGCAACGGGCGGUGGUCGUCGGCGCGCAUUCUUAUUGGGUCUUUUGGUGAAUGUGGUGGCGCUGGUUCUGGCUGUGCCUGAAAAUGAUCUAUAAGCUAUUCUGUUGUUCAGUGAGCCUCAUAUUCUUUUGCUUCAAUGUGCUGUGGUUUUUCUGCAACCUCGCAAUACCAUGGUGCACACUGACGCUGCUCAUCAUUUGUGUGGCAUCCAAAUUCGUCAAGCUUCAACGCAGCCCAAACGAGAAGCGUUUGCUCAGUCUCCUCAAUACGCCAGACGAUUGGCCCAAUUACUGGCCCAUUGCGAAUCGUGGUGCCGGCUACGAUGCCCCCGAGAACUCAAAGGCAGCUCUCAAAAAGUGCCUAGCACGUGGCUAUCGUAAUGUCCUACUGGAUGCCGGCAUAACAGCCUGCAAUGAGAUUGUCAUUGCCAAUCGUCUGACCGUCGAGCGUGCCAGUUUAAAUGGAAACCUUUCCCAUCACACCCUGCACGAACUGCAGCAACUUAAUAUCACGGAUCACCAUCCAAUGGGCGCACAAUUUGAAGCCGAAUCAGUGUCCACACUCAAACAACUUGCCGAUUUCCUAGACGAACAGAGCACAACUCCCACUUUGUUUCUCCAUCUGCAGGAUACCAGUGCCGUUAUGAUCGAUCAGUUGCAGAAGUUUAUGAAUGCAAAUGAAACAUUUACACAGCGAACCAUUGUCAUUAGUCGAUCGCCACUGGCCAUUUAUCAGCUGCGCAAACUGAGACCCGAAAUAAUGUGCGGCCUGUGGCAUGAGAGUUAUCUAUCGCUGUCCAUACUCAAAUCCUCAACACUGAUUACCUCCAUUUAUGGUGCAAUCCUUCGCAAUAUUAUUGCUCCUGUAAUUGGCAUUAGUGUUGUUUUUCUAAACAAAGAAGAGUUUAAUUUGCACAUCGGCGAUCUGUGGCGCAAUGUGGGCGUGCGUCCAAUUGUGUACAUGGUAAAUUCGCCCAACGAGAAACGCUAUUUUCAGAAAACAAUGAAAACGCAAUACCUCACGGACUCAUUGCGUUCCGAGCCGCAUCUCUUGAUGAAAGCCUAAAGCACGAGCAAAAAAAAAACAAGAACAAAAACCAAACACAAUAUUCAAACAGUGCGCGCAAACACACAAAUCACAAAUCACUUGCAUUUACAUUUAUAUAGGUAGCUUUUAUGCACAAUUUGUUUGAAUUGUUUAUUUUAUUGUGCACCUCUUUACACAUUUGAUAUGUGUAUAUUCUAUUAUUUUAUACAUACUUGAAAAUAGUAUUACCCAGUGAACUUGGAACUUAUUUAUUUUUUUAUGCUAAGAUUAUUGUGCUUUAUUUGACGUAGAUGCUAUUUAUUAUUACUAUUAUAAGAGGAGCUGGUGCUGAUAGUUAUUUUGCGUAACACAAUCCUCAUUCGUCCUUAAUCAUUUUUUAUAUGUAGAAUUUAUUGUUCACUUUGUUGUUACUUACAUGUUUUCAUUUUUUUUAUACAACAUAUUUGUAUGUACUUCAUAUGCUUUCUCAACCCGGCACAAAUUUCAUGAAACGCUGCCACAAUAUGUUCUCAAACCUUAUAUGCUAAGGUUGUUCUAUUUAUAUGUACUAAAAUGUACUAAAAUAUACAUAAAGAAUAAUUAAUUUAGGCAGCUUUUAUACCCAAAAAUGUACUCAGUUAUACCAACAUUUUGUAGUUCCCCUGUUAUUUAGAAUCGAUAGAAUUGCAUAUGCUUGUGAAAGUGGGAUAACACAAGAGUAAAAACGAACAUUAGUUAUACGAUUAUACCAAAAAGCAAAACUAUUUUAUAAAUAUGCAACUGAUUUUUAAUGUAUAUGCAUGACAAAUUUAAAAGAGUAAUAAAAUAAACGAUUAUUAAAGGCAAUCCAGA